AUGUCCCGUUGGUCUGGGGAGCAUUUGCAUAGUGCAUCACACCACGCGGUUUCCUGCGUUGAGGCCGGCGGGGGACGCGCGUUGCUGUUGAGAGACGUCACGCGCGGCGCCGCGCUUCUACUACCACCCGAUGCGCGCGCGCCAUGGCAGCGCAGCGCGCUGGAUGCGGCAUCAUGGCUCGCGGCGGACGACGUCUCCUCGCGGCCCGCGCGCUUCUACAUCCGCAGUCACGGGUUUCCCGGCCCCGUGCCGUGGACGUGGGUGCAAGGCGCGCUCCGCGACGAGUUCACACUGGGCGGCCGCAUCCAGGUGCGUCCGCGCUUCUUCGGCAAAGAAGCAAUGGACUCGGGCAAGCAGCUCAAGGCGUGGCGCAACGAGGAGAUCGCUCACAACGUGAACCUCGCUCGCGCCCGCAAUGCGAGCUUUGGGUCGUACGGGCCCAACGCCACGGCCGCAUUCCUGCAGGCGUUCGAGCGCUACCCCGUGAGCGGCAAGUCCGUUCUCGUCAUCGGCAGCCAGCGGCCGUGGGUGGAGGCGAUCUGCCUCUCAUUCAAUGCAGGCACAAUCACAACCGUAGAUUUCAACAAGCCCGUCUCAUCUCAUCCUCGGCUGCGGCUGAUGACAGUGGAGGAGCUGGAGGGCACGGACGAGGUGUUUGACGUGGCGGUGUCGUUCUCCUCGCUGGAGCACGAUGGGCUGGGGCGCUAUGGCGACCCCAUCAACCCCUUCGGCGACCUGCAGCGCAUGCAGAAG